UCCCAUACACCCCGUUGAAGGCCAGCAAAUGCACGCCGUGCCCCACGCUUCAUCACACUUCACACCUCACACGCGUACGCUUGUCUACUUCGUCCCCCUCGCCGGCGACCCAGCCAUCCACUGAUGGCAGCGACGGCGGCCGCUAGGGGCACCGCUUCUCGCUCCCCUCUCCUCAUCCACCACCACCGACUCCCUCAGGUUCCAGCCGGUGGGGGAGGUUCGUUGAGGGUGGGCGCGCUCGGGGCCGGACGGGAUUGGAGACGACGGGUCCGGGUUUUCGCGCGCUAUUCCUCCCAGCCACAAGACUUCUCCAGUCGGCUCCAAGAUAGAGCUGGUGAAUUGCCGAAAUUAGUCGAGGAUCUUCUCCAGACGUCGAUUAGCACAGGGCCUCGAGGUGCCUUUAGGAUGGCACAAGGGAUCCAAGCUCUCCUUGGGGUUGGUGGGGAGUGGCUAAACGACUUCUCGAAGACAGCUAACACGUCAGAAGGAAUUCCAGCUCAGAUGCGGCUUGGUUUGCUUUCUCCUCUUUACCUCAGAAGGCUUUUUGAACGCAUGGGUGCAACUUAUAUCAAGCUAGGUCAGUUCAUAGCGUCUGCACCGACUUUCUUUCCUGCAGAAUAUGUUGAAGAAUUCCAGAAUUGUUUUGACCGAGCACCACCUGUUCCUUAUAGCGAGAUCGAGUCGAUAUUGCGUGAGGAGUUGCAGCGGCCAUUGGAUAGUGUCUAUGAGUACAUUGAUCCCGUGCCAAUAGCAUCUGCUUCAAUAGCACAGGUUCAUGGGGCUAGGUUGAAGAGCUCUCAGAAGGAUGUGGUGAUUAAAGUCCUGAAACCUGGAAUUGAAGAUACUUUGGUUGCCGAUCUGAAUUUUAUCUAUCUUGUUGCACGUGUUUUGGAGUUUCUAAGCCCUGAAUUAGAGAGGACAUCACUGGUAGCUAUCAUCAAGGACAUAAAGGAAUCAAUGCUUGAGGAAGUUGAUUUUAGAAAGGAGGCUGUAAAUAUGGAGGCUUUCCAGAGAUACAUCGAAGCAAUGGGAUUUGAUAGGCAGGCCAAAUCUCCAUUUGUGUAUCAGCACUGCAGCACAAAGCGUGUCUUAACUAUGGAAAGAUUGUAUGGCGUUCCACUCACCGAUCUUGAUUCUAUAAGGUCUCUUGUUCCUGAUCCUGAGUUGACUUUAGUCACUGCCCUCAAUGUCUGGUUUGGAAGCUUGAUCUCAUGUGAAUCCUUCCAUGCGGAUGUGCAUGCAGGAAACCUAUGGUUACUUCGUGAUGGGCGUGUUGGGUUUAUUGAUUUUGGAAUUGUUGGUCGAAUAUCCCCAAGGACUUGGGCUGCUAUGGAGAUUUUUUUGGCUUCUUUCGCAACUGAGGAUUACAAUGCUAUGGCAUCGGCCCUUUCCGAAAUGGGUGCUACAGGGAAUGAUAUAGAUGUUGACUCCUUUGCAAAGGACUUGCAAAAGAUAUUCUCGUCGCUACAGGAGUUGGAUACUGAAAUUAUAGUGGCAGCUGCAAGAAGUUCUGAUGCUACAGCUGUAUCUGCUAAUGUUGUUGUAGACGAGAGGCGGAUGAAUGCACUGUUUCUUGAUCUGUUCAAAAUGGGUUAAGAUCCUCUGUUUCAUACUCCAAACUGCUAAGUCCAAACCACAAGCUCAACAAGAUCGGGCGCAAUUUCAACUGGCACAAUGACAUUGACAGCACGUCGGGUGGGCUGGUCAACUAGCCCACGGUCUGUCGCUCGAAAUCGCUUGGCCGCCUUGGCCUUGCUGGUCUGGAGAAAUUUGGUCAGGCGCUGAGGAUGAGAUGGCCUUGGUUCCACUGGACCAAUCCCGAGCGGCCGUGGGUGCGCUCCACCUUGCCAUGUGAUGAUUCAGGCAUGGAUAUUUAUAGGCACCGACCACUAUCACAAUUGGAAAUGGCGCAAAGACUCUGUUCUCGCAUGACAACUGGAGAGGCAAAGGUCCGCUCAAGUCUUACGCCCCUGAGCUGUACAGAAGCGCCACUAGGAGGCAACGGUCAGUUAUGAAGGGGCUUCAGGAUGAUAACUGGAUUCGAGCCGUAGCACGCAUGCACAGCCUGUCCCAGCUAUACGAGUUUGUCAACCUUUGGACUUUGUUGGCUCACAUGAACCUUGACCCUGAUCGGUAUGACAUCAUCUCCUGGAAAUGGACUUCCAGCGGCGUCUAACUCUCCGGCCUCCGCCUAUGCUGUUCAAUUCCACGGACCUCACCCCAAGUUCCUUUCCACGAAGAUCUGGUUGGCGUGUGCUGAGCCAAUAUGCAAGUCCUUCUCCUGUCUCGUUCUUCACGGUAGAAUCUCAUUGCCAACAUGCUUGCCAUCCGUGGGUGGCUGCACAACCAGAUCUGCAAGCUAUCUCUGCGUGCCCCUGAGACUGCCGUGCAUCUCUGCAAAGACUGCUCCCUUUCCCAGGCUGUCUGAAGCAACAUUCAAGCUUGGACUGGUGAGAUCAUCCAGGCUACUACCGUGCAGGGCACAACUCAGGGGGGUCUUAGAUUGGUGGAGAUCAUGAUUGAAGCUGCACCGAAAGAGUUUAAGAGGCGCAGGAGUGGGAGACCUCUCUACACGAUUUGGAACAUCUGGAAGGAAAGAAUCGUCACACUUUUAAUAGGAUCCGCCUAACCCUCCUGGAGGUCACCACGCUGGCCUUCAAGGGCAUAAAGCAGCGUCACAUGGCAUUUGGCCACGCAAGGACAAGUGAGGGUAUCGGUUAGACUCGGGUUUUUUCCUCAUGUUUUUGGAGUUCUGAUGAGUCCCUUCACAAUCUCAUCACAUUUCUGUACAAAAAUCUUCUAUUCGUCUAAUAUGAAAAGGCAGCGCUCCUGGCGGUUUCUUGAAAAAAAACUGCGAAGGU